UCACAGAUAGGUGGCACUGAUAGGCGACACUGAUAAUGGGUACUGAUAGACAGCACUGAUAGGUGGCACUGACUGACAUCACUGCUGGGCACUGACUGGCACAACCGCUGGGCACUGACUGGUGGCACUGACUGGCAGCACUGCUGGGCUGCACUGAUGGGCACUGGUGGGUGGCACUGGUGGGCACAGGUGGGCACUGGUGGGUGCAUUGCUGGGCACAUUGGGCGCACUGUUGGGCACAGGUGGGUGCAUUGCUGGGCACAGGUGGGCGCACUGCUGGGCAUAGGUGGGCGCAUUGCUGGGCACAGGUGGGCACACUGCUGGGCACAGGUGGGCGCAUUGCUGGGCACAAGUGGGCGGAACUUGUGUGUGGCACAGGUGGGCACCGAUCAUCAGGGCACUGAUGAUCUCAGUGACCCUGAUGGAUCUGACAGCGUGAGGAAAGUGCAGCUGAGAACCGGCAUUUGCAUUUCCCGGAGAUCAGCGUGUCAUUGGACACGGCUG